UAUGUUUAAUAUAACACACAUACAUGUUGUUCUAUAGAAAGUAUUUGACUAGCCACAAAAUUAAGGAAAUUAGAAGGUGGGGAGAAUUCUGGCAAGGGGGAGAUUUUCGGGCACAACACCGGUCGGUGGAACGAAGAUGGCAGCUGAAAGCGAUGUGCUGUCCGAGAUUGAGGUUCUCCAGUCCAUCUAUCUGGAUGAGCUGCAGAUUAACAGGAGAGAUGAUGGGGGAUGGGAGGUGAGUCUGGUUCUAUAUCCCUCCACGGGUGAAGAUUCCCUCUCUCAGUUUGUGCGACUCACCCUGACUUUGACUCUCGACUUGCAGGUAUGCUCAUAUUCCCUUCUUCCUUGUCCUUUGCAAUCCCCCCAAAAAUAUUCCCCAUCCCCUGGCUUAGGGCAUGUAUUUUUGUUACUUGUGUAAUAAUUUGUGUACCCGCCUAAAUAUACUGGCCUUCCCUCCCUGCACCUGGAGAGCUACCUACAGGGUGUGUACACUUUUGUGUAUUGGUGCAGGUAUGUAACAAAAGUCUGCUUACCCAGUAGGACCAGAGUUGAGGGGUCCCUAUGUGAGUUUUGAGACAACCCUCCAUGUAGCAACAAUACUUCCUGUUAUAUUGUUUCUGAAUCAUGUGAAAGUUUUUCCUAUGCUUUCAGAAUUUCCUGUCCUUAGAACCCUGCCCUGUCCCUUUCAUUCUCAGGACAUGCCACUUCCAAUGUUAUACACUGAUCUCUCUCUCUUCCUAAGUAUCCCUCCUCUCCUCCCUCCAUUUCCAUCCACAACCCUCGGGGUCUUUCUGAUGACAAGCUGUGCAGAUUUCUCUCUCUCUCCCAGUGUGCAGAAAUGUCUGCAGACAGAGGCGGAGUCCUGCCUGGGUUCCGCUGUGUUGUACCAGCUCAUUGAGGCCAGUUCUCUUUCUCUCCCUUUAUUUCCCCCUCUCUCUCUCCCCGUUUCCCUCAUUUUCUCUUUAUUUGAAAUCUCUUAGUUGGAGACCACAGUAAUUUAAGUACUGUAUAUUUGUGAUAUUAAAAUUAGAACUGUGGCUCGAGGAUGCCCUUUGACCUGAUUUUAUUUUAUUUAGAAAUGUAUAAAUAGAUGAAUAUCAAGUACCUGACUCAGUCCCUCUUCUCUUUUCUCUGCCUCUCUCAGAAAGCCAAAGAGAUCCUGACGGAGAGCAAUAUUCCCCAUGGGAACUGCGUCAUCUGCCUUUACGGGUUUAAGGAUGGGGAGGCGUUCACCAAGACCAGAUGCUACCAUUAUUUCCACUCCCACUGCCUAGGCCGCUACAUCACCCACUCGGAGACUGAGCUCCAGGAGAGGGAGAAGGAGCUGGAGCAGGACAAGACACGGGAGAGGACAGAUGAGGAGCUAACAGUUGUGUGUCCCGUGUGUAGAGAACCUCUGACUUACAACGUUGACCAGCUCCUGUCCAAUCCCGCCCCUAGCUUUCCAAAGCUGGAGGGAGAGGUGAUGGGGGUGGAGUUUCGGCAGAAGUGGGCUGAGCUCCAGAACCUUUUGGAGCGUCAGAAAGCAAAAGGCGGGAUUAUCGACACAGAGGCGGAGGCUAACCGCUUCCUCAUACAUAUUAAUGAGCCGCCUCCUGACUCAGACAAUGUCAGCGCUGACGGGAAUGCCUCUCCCAGACAAUCACUGCCCUCCCUUCCCCCUGCCUCCACCAAUCAGAUCACGGCACCAAAGCUGCAGCACGCUGGCCACUCACAUCGCAGGGGAGGGCUAGGUCACCAGUUCCGUCACCAAGGGCCGCAGGGCCACUUCAGGGGCCCCAGGAGGGGAGGGAGAGACAGGCCAGAGGCAGGGAGAGGCAGGCCCCACACCCACCCAGGGACACCUGUCCCCCCCACCGACCAUCUGGACAAACUCUCUCUGUCCUCAGAGAAACAUGACAACUUCUACUGUGCUCCUCCUGACAACUUUCACAACGCACCAAUCAAAGCCAGACUUCAGGAGAACUCUAGCCACCCGGACCUGGAACAAGCACAGUUAAGCCAAUUGGAGAAGGAAGAAGGAGAGGGACGCACGGAGCUAGGCCAACAAGAGGCUCCAGUUCCUAAAGACGGUCAGCCAAUAAGCAAAUCAAGCCUGGACACUUCUAAAAUAGACAUCCCACCUAAGAACGACAUGGAAAUGGAGCCUGGGCGAGGCCAUAGGGAGAGAGGAAGGAGGAGGGGCCCUCGUGCUUCAGUGCAACAGCCUGACCAAUGGCAAGAGAGGCAUUUCAGAGGAACAGACCAAUGGGAUGCUCGGGGGAGCGGGUACCAUCGCUACUGGGACAGGCGAGGUCAGCGAAGCAGGGGAGUUGCCAACUACCCCCAUAGCAGAGAAGGCAGAGCUCACAUGGCUGGUGGGAGGGGCUUCCAUCAGAGUGUGGUAGAGGGAGAUGUGGGGAGAGAUGCUGCUGCUCUAUGACAAAGGGACAAAGGAGGAACUAAGAACAACUAUGUUUGUACCUCCAUUUAUAUUCUCGACACACCUAAAAUAAAGCUUUGCACUGUCUGGCACCUAAAUAAA